GAGCGGCCCUCCCCAGCUCGAAUGCCUGGAGGUCUCGAGGCUAGAGCAGCCAGUCUGGACCUCUUCCUUGCGGCUAGAGCGUCCCCUCCGCGCCGAGCCGCGUGUGACCUUCCCUCCGGUAGAGAGAUGCUACCGGCGGCCGCUUGCCGCCUGUGGGGCCCAGGCUUCGGGCUCCGGGGCGCCGCGCUUUGCCUCGUCAGGCAGCAGGUGCCAGGUCUCUGUGCUGCACGGCAGCUGAGGAGCACCAGUCAUCGAAAGGGUGAGGCACUUGCGAGCGCGCCCUUGGAUAAUGCCCCCAAAGAAUACCCCCCCAAGAUCCAACAACUGGUCCAGGACAUCGCCAGCCUUACGCUCCUGGAGAUCUCAGACCUCAAUGAACUCUUGAAGAAAACAUUGAAGAUCCAAGAUGUUGGUCUCAUGUCGAUGGGUAGCAUGAUGCCUGGUGCUGUCCCUGCUGCAGCAACCCCUGAGGUGGCAGAAGAAGAGGAGCUGCCCAAACAGAAAGAGCAGACGCAUUUCACUGUGCGCCUAACAGAAGCAAAGCCUGUGGACAAAGUGAAGCUGAUCAAGGAGAUCAAGAACUAUAUCCAGGGCAUCAACCUCGUCCAGGCCAAGAAGCUGGUGGAGUCCCUACCCCAGGAAAUCAAAGCCAACGUCGCUAAAGCCGAGGCUGAGAAGAUCAAGGCGGCCCUGGAAGCAGUGGGCGGCACUGUGGUUCUAGAGUAGCCCCACCCCAUGCGGAGGACUUAUGGACUGGAGUCCCUGGGACCUGGGUGAGGCCUUGCCCACCUGCACGGCCCACUCCACUCCCAGCAUCAGGCUCCAAACGGAGCUGGAGGGCUGGAGUGACUGGCGCUAGAGGCCAAGUCCAUCCAGGAAGGGCAGGACGACCCUACUGUGAUGGGGAAGGAGGGCAGUCACAGCUUGUACAGAGCCCUGCAAGCCCUUGCAGAGCACGCCAGUGAACGACGCUCAUUUUGUGGCUGCUGAGAAAAUACACUGUUGAGGCUGGUGUGUGCAA